AUGACCAGCGCUGAAGCGAAGUUGCGUAAACAUCGUUGCGGCAACUGUUUCGACUGUCCGAGUUGUGGCCACACUCUCUCGACUCGGGGCACCUUUGCCCUGGCACCCACGCCUGGCGGCACCCCUGGAGGCUCCUCCUCGACACCCCAGAAAACGUACUAUUUGCUCUGUGCUUUCUGCCGCUGGUCAACUCGAGACGGUGGCAUACCCGACCAGAAUUCUCCUUCCGGUGGAUGGCACGAAACGCCCAACCCACACGCUGAAGAAAUCGAAAAAUUGGUCGCUGCCUACCGUCAACUGGCUGUGAAAGAGAAGAAUGAACGCGAACGCAGCAAGUACGUGAGAAAACGAAACUACACCCUCCUAAUGGAGAAGUAUCCCGUCCUCACGCCUCGAUUUCGCAGAUGUCGUUCUUCAAACUGGAGCCUAUAUGGCCGCGAAACGGAGCCGUCUCCAGAGAUAGUUAUUCCGAAAGCAACGGCCAAACCAAUUUCGGGCAGUUUCGACGUCGACGCUCUGGUCAACACACCUCUCAACUUCGAGAAGGUGACCUCACCGAAACAGCGUCACAUGGCGCCUUCACUGCAGCCGACCGAGGCAGCGAAGCUGGAGCCCCGACACAAGGCCCUGGCGAUGAAGCGGUCGCUGCGCUGCAAGACAUGCGAGCACACCCUCAGCAAGGCCGAUUUCAACCCCAGCUCGAUAAAAUUCCGCAUCAACUUGAGCGCCUUCUGCUAUGUGCCCGAUCUGCGAUUCACGCUCCCCUUGGAGAACUUGGAAGGCGGCGUCUCCGACAGCAGAGGCGUAACCCCGCGCCUGCUCCCUACGGUCUCAUUCGACAGCGUCCCUCCGAGAGAACUUUGGCUGAAAGGCCUAAGUCAAGCCAAGCCAAUGAAUGUGGUCCUUUUUCUGUCCAAUCCCGCUCAUCGAAUCACCACAGUGCGCCUCCGUCAGCUAACCCCUGAAGAAGAAGCAGUCCAGUUGGCCGAUUAUUUCGCAAAAACACGAUCCGCAAAUAGCAAGGAACCAGCUUCGUACUCAACGGUGAAGCUCGGUUUGCCGCCCUACGGAAUCAAAGUCGGUGGGAAAAGUGACACCAGCGAAUACAGUGAUCUCGCCUCAGUCGACAAAUCGAACGAGUUCUUCGACGACGACCCCAAGGUGAUCGCCUGCAGACGCGGUAACAAGGUGGGCAUAAACACGACGGUCAGUCUGCUCAUCCCCUCUGGACCCCUGCGCGCUGCUGUCAUGAUGACCUUCGACUAUGCCAACACGGCGGCGGCGGUGACGGGCCCCAGCGCCGCGCUGAUCUCGGCCGAACAGCGCGCCGCCACGAUGAGCGCCGUCCUCGCGGCCUCGGGCAUCAGCGACAACGGCGGCGGCGGCGGCAGCGGCUCCGCGCCUCCACCGGCCAAGGCGGAGGCAGUGGACACGCGUGAUGUCCAUCUCGUCUACCUUCUGGAUUUUGGCCUGUGCUGA